AUGUCUGCCCCAAGACUGACCCUACGACCUCCUCCGAACAUCGAGUUCGUGCAGGGCUAUCCCGGCAUUCCUCCUGGCGCGCCUGACCGCCCCCAAGCUGCAGUCAAAGGCACUAUUGAGUUGCGAGUCGCGCCUGAGGGGGUCAAGGCCAAAUGGGUUCGCAUCGAGCUCAGGAAGGUUGAAGUACUCCCGGGCGGCGGUGUCGCGAACACGUUCUUCGAUUUCGUGGGCCAGAGCCCCAUAAACGUGUGGCAGUCUAGCGAAGAAUAUGGCACACUGCAAACGCAAGAUUUUCCGUUCUAUAUACGCAUUCCGGAGUCCAUUCCUCCUAGCAUCGCGUUGGAGAAAGCUGGCAUCAAGUAUGAACUCAUUGCUUCUGUCUGUGUCAAGGGCAAGAGAGGUCUUCUACGGCGCGACAAGCCAUCAAUUGCGACAACUUCGCAAACGAUAAUCAUUGACAAGCACGAGUUGCAUUCAACGUGGCCCAUUUACCAGCAGCCCGAGUCGCGCAACCACACUGAAGGGUCGGUUACCCUAAUCGUAGAACGCGAGCGUACUUGUUAUGGGCCUGGCGACCGCGUCGACAUCUCUGCUAUCGUCAAGACAGACUCGCUACACACUGAAAUCUUGCGCGGCUAUGAGUUCACUUUACGUGAGACCACUGUCUUCCGUGGAAGUCCAACAUCGGGCAAGAAAGGGGCACCCGCCGUGAGGGCGGUGCACAUCGGCGAGCAGCGUGUACCGCUCAACGUGACAUUGUACGGCGGUACACAGCACAAGGCAGAGCUCAACAUUACGAUUCCUCAACAGCAUACCACCGCGACAAUCAACACUGCGAGGCAUAUUGAUAUAACUUAUACGCUAGUUGUGAAGGCCCAAAUGGGUACAGGACAGAACGUCGUGCUUGAGUUGCCGGUGAUUGUGUCAAACUGGCCAAGAGCUGUUUCUGUUGAAGCGAUGCGGCGCAUAGGCGUUGCUCCUAAUGUCGCCGUGCACGGACAUGCAACGCCAGAGACGGCCGUUGCGAUUGGGAAGCCAAUUGUUUCUGCAAGCAUCCUGAACAAGAACAUGGCUGCAUCCGAUGCUGACGUCGCGAUAGGGCGCCCAUCUACUGACAAGUUCAGCACGGCGCCGUCGAAGAAGACAAGCGUCCCAACUGGUCUGAACAAGCCCGACGAAUUUGGCGUCUCGCGGGUGGUAGAGACGGUGCACGCUAAGAGUGUUGACGGAACGCCCAGUGUCACAUCGUCCACAGACCAGUCCAGCGGGUAUGUGCAGACAAUUGGUGGCCCGCAGGGCAUCGCUAGCGCAUCCUCCAGUGGUGGUGCACGGAUCGCCCCUUACGCAGACGAAACCACGGCGUUCGCGCGGCCUCGCGCUAGCAGCGCACGCGCACAGAGCGGGCGGCUGACCAUCACAAAUCAUAAUGAGGCCGAACUUGCGGAGCACGCACAAGCACAAGCGAAAGCACAGGCACAGGCAAUACGGAGCCAGAGCAACCGUCCCUCAACGGCACAGACAGUAGGAGGAAGUUCGUCCCGUCGGUGGGUGAGUGCUGAAGAAGAGAAGCGCCGGCUCUACGAAACUGCCAUAGCGAAUGUCGAGCGUGUGCAGGGUGUGCGGCCACGCAGCCCUCCUUCUGAUCAGAGCGAGGCAUCAACGCCUACUCCAUCCGCGACGUCGGCGGCGUCUUCACCCGCCACCAACAAUAAAUCGGCGAAAUCUACCCGAUGGUUGUCAGCGGAGGAAGAAAAAAUGAAGCUCUUCAACCACGCCCAGGCGGCGGUCGCUCGUAAGCAUGGCCUCAACGGCUCAUCUUAUGACUCACCUGCGCCCUCACUACAUGGGAGGAGCGAUUCGGUCAACAGUCAGCAGCAGACGGUCUCCUCUCACCACGACAGCGAGGCCGCAGGAGGUUCAUCGCGAACUCCUCCGACAAAGUCCCGCACACCUCAGUUCCCUUCUGCAGACGAGGAGAAAGCUGCGCUCAGACGAUACAUGGAAGCAAAGGCUGCCGUUGACCGCACCCAUAACGCUACGUACGGUGCGCCGCCCAGCCCACCACUAACUGCUCCCAACGCCUACCAAGCCCUUUAUCCUGAACGCGUCUCACCCCCACCUGCUUCACAACUCAGCGACUCACCCCCUCCGUUCAUUACUUCUCCAUCUCAACCUUCCUAUUUAUCUGAGAAAGAACGUUUACGACGUGCCUAUGAAGCACAAGACGCUGCGGCCAUGGCUGCACAAGCGCCCAGCAUGCCGGAUAUCCAGCCAGCCUUGGUGCCCUCGAUGCCCACACCGCCGCUGUCUCCACCUGGUUAUAUGUCUAGUGCAGACCCACCGGUUACUGACGCCGCAGCGGAGAAGGAUAUGUUGCGCCGUCGCUUCGAAGCGCAGGAUGCUGCAGCGCUUGGCGCGUUCGGUGCACCCAUGCCUCCUCCGCGUGUGGGUGGGCGACCACAGCCCUCGCCGCCAGGCCAGGGUUCGCGCCCACAACCAAUGCCGCCGCGAUCACCAGGCCCUGGAGCACCUAGCGGAUCACAACCACUAAGCGCGCUAGAGGAGAAAGCGCGACUGAAAGCAAUGUACGAGGCGGAGGACCGGACCACACAAGCGGCAGUCAUGUCUUCGCCCUUUGCCAGACAGGCGUCGCUCCCUCCUAUGAAUGGUAUCCACCGACAGGAUACCUUUAUUCCUGACUCAAUACCCCCGCCGCCUCCUCUCAUGCCGCGCCCUCCAAAGGAAUAUAUCCAAGAGACACAAGAGGAAGAUGCACGUACCAAAGCACGGCUACAAGCGAUCGACAAGGAAAUCGCGAACCUCGCCGGUCCAAUGAAAACGGAGCUCAUCCUCUCAUCCUUCAGCGCAGAUCUGGUUGAUUCCAACGGAAACCCUAUGCCUACACAAGGCCCGCCCGCGAGCAUGUCACCCCCGCCAAGACUGGAAAUUGAGUGAGCUCUCGAGCGACAAGGAGAGAUACAGUAUGGGCUCGUACAUCUGGCAACAGUAGCUAUUCCCUCAGUGGUCGUAGGAUACACUAAGUAUUCGUACAAGUACAUCUCUAAUUACAACAUGAAUGACAACGGAUACGGAUAUUUAUCGCUUUC